AUGGCUCCUCUCCCUAUCAAGUUUACGGAGCUUAUUAAUUUGACAAAUGCUGAAAUUGCGACUCUAGAAUCGGAUCACUAUGUCUGCGUUCGGCAAAAGCUCAAUGAAGAGGAUAAACCUCAAGUCAUCAUCAUCAACUUAAAGAACAACAAUGAAGUCCUCAAACGGCCAAUUAACGCCGAUAGUGCUAUCAUGCACUGGACCCGAAACAUCAUCGCUUUGAAGGCUCAAGGCCGCACAAUCCAAAUCUUUGAUCUGGGGGCGAAACAGAAGCUGAAGUCAGCAGUGAUGAAUGAGGAUGUUGUUUACUGGAAGUGGUUCAGCGACAAGUGCUUAGGUUUGGUAACGGAGACGUCCGUUUACCACUGGGAUGUCUUCGACCCUACCCAGUCCCAGCCACUCAAGAUCUUCGACCGACUCCCUAACCUGAGCGGGUGCCAAAUUAUCAACUAUCGCGUUAAUGAUGAUGAGAAAUGGAUGGUAGUGGUUGGAAUCAGCCAGCAGCAGGGCCGUGUUGUGGGCUCGAUGCAGCUGUACUCUAAGGAACGCGGGAUUUCGCAAUUCAUUGAAGGGCAUGCUGCCGCCUUCGCUUCGAUUCGAGUCGAGGGUUCUCCUUUGGAACAUAAACUCUUCACCUUUGCCGUUCGGACCCAGACCGGUGCCAAGUUACAGAUUGCCGAAAUUGACCACCAAGAACCGAACCCCCGAUUCCAGAAGAAGGCUGUUGAGGUCUAUUUCCCCCAAGAGGCUGUCAAUGACUUCCCGGUCGCGAUGCAAGUAUCUCGGAAGUACGAUGUUGUGUAUCUUGUCACCAAGUAUGGCUUCAUCCAUCUCUAUGACCUCGAGACUGGUACCUGCAUUUUCAUGAACCGGAUUUCCAGCGAGACCAUUUUCACUACCGCGCCCGACUCAGAUUCGGCUGGCUUGGUUGGUGUGAACCGCAAGGGUCAGGUUCUGUCCGUCAGCGUGGAUGAGAACACCAUUGUUCAAUACUUGAUGGAAAACCCUGCUAUGUCUGGGCUUGCAGUGAGGCUUGCCUCCAAGGCUGGACUUCCCGGUGCGGACCACUUGUACCAGCAACAGUUUGACAACCUCCUUGCCCAGGGCAACUACUCCGAGGCUGCUAAGAUCGCCGCAAACUCGCCCCGCGGGUUCCUUCGCACUCCGGAAACCAUUAACCGUUUUAAGAACGCUCCUCAGACCGGACAGCAAAUGUCUGUUAUUCUCCAAUACUUCGGAAUGCUUUUGGAUAAGGGAUCUCUGAACAAAUACGAGAGUGUUGAACUUGUUCGUCCCGUCUUGCAGCAAAACCGAAAGCAUCUCCUCGAGAAGUGGAUGCGUGAGGAAAAGCUGGAGGGCUCCGAGGAACUUGGAGAUAUCAUUCGACCCUAUGAUAUGAACCUAGCUCUGCAAAUUUACUUGCAAGCCAAUGUUCCUCAAAAGGUCGUUGCUGGCUUUGCAGAGACCGGGCAAUUCGAUAAGAUUCUCGCGUACUCCAAGCAGGUCGGUUAUCAGCCUGACUAUACCCAGCUGUUGCAGCAUAUUGUGCGCGUGAACCCCGAAAAGGGUGCCGAAUUCGCUGCCCAGCUUGCUAACGAGGAAUCUGGUGCGCUGAUUGACCUGGACCGUGUUGUGGACGUGUUCUUGUCUCAGAAUAUGAUCCAGCAGGCGACUUCUUUCUUGUUGGAUGCCCUCAAGGAUAACAAGCCUGAGCAUGGUCAUCUGCAGACACGAUUACUUGAGAUGAACCUGGUCAACGCCCCUCAGGUCGCUGAUGCUAUCCUUGGCAACGAGAUCUUCACUCACUACGAUCGUCCCAGAAUUUCCCAGCUGUGCGAGAAUGCUGGCCUCAUUCAACGCGCCCUGGAGAACACUGACGAUCCUGCAGCCAUCAAGCGUAACAUCGUCCGCACUGACAAGCUGAAUCCUGAAUGGUUGAUGAACUACUUCGGUCGUCUCUCUGUUGAGCAGACUCUCGACUGCAUGGAUACGAUGCUGCAGGCGAACAUCCGUCAGAAUCUGCAAGCCGUUGUUCAGCUUGCCACCAAGUUCUCCGAUCUCCUGGGUCCUGGUAGCCUCAUCAGCCUUUUCGAGAAGUACCGUACUGCUGAAGGUCUUUACUACUACCUUGGAAGCAUAGUCAACCUUAGCGAGGACCCUGAGGUUCACUUCAAGUACAUCGAAGCUGCUACUGCUAUGGGCCAGAUUACCGAGGUUGAGCGCAUUUGCCGUGAGAGCAACUACUACAACGCCGAAAAGGUGAAGAACUUCCUGAAGGAGGCCAAGUUGACGGAACAGCUCCCACUGAUCAUUGUCUGCGAUCGAUUCAACUUUAUCCAUGAUCUCGUUCUCUACCUCUACCAGAACCAGCAGUACAAGUCUAUUGAGGUCUAUGUACAGCGUGUCAACCCUUCCCGUGCUCCGGCAGUGGUUGGAGGAUUACUGGACGUUGAUUGUGAAGAGAGCAUUAUCAAGAACCUUCUCUCUACGGUAGACCCAGCCGUUAUUCCGAUUGAUGAGCUUGUCAAUGAAGUGGAGACUCGGAAUAGGCUCAAGCUCCUCUUGCCUUUCCUUGAGGCUACUCUCGCAACUGGUAACCAGCAACAGGCUGUGUACAAUGCUCUUGCGAAGAUCUAUAUCGAUAGCAAUAACGAUCCCGAGAAGUUCCUCAAGGAGAACGAUAUGUACGACACCCUGACUGUCGGCAAGUACUGUGAGAAGCGCGAUCCGAACCUGGCCUAUAUCGCGUAUAGAAAGGGUCAAAAUGACCUGGAGCUCAUCAACAUCACCAAUGAGAACGCCAUGUAUCGGGCUCAGGCACGCUACCUCGUUGAGAGGGCUGAUACGGAAAUCUGGUCUUUCGUUUUGAGCGAAAACAACGUUCACCGCAGGUCCAUGGUUGACCAGGUUAUCGCAACCGCGGUGCCUGAAUCAACGGAACCUGACAAGGUUUCCGUUGCUGUCAAAGCCUUCCUUCAGGCCGAUCUGCCUGGCGAGCUUAUCGAGCUGCUGGAGAAGAUCAUCCUUGAGCCAUCACCUUUCAGUGACAAUGGCAGUUUGCAGAACCUGCUUAUGCUCACCGCUGCCAAGGCUGACAAGGGCCGCCUGAUGGAUUAUAUUCAUCAGCUCAACGAAUUUAGCCCUGAUGAGAUCGCGGAAAUGUGUAUCUCGGUCGGCUUGUACGAAGAGGCCUUUGAAAUUUACAAGAAGGUCAACAACUACAUUGCUGCCGUCAAUGUCCUUGUUGAGAACAUUGUUAGCAUUGAUCGUGCCCAAGAGUUUGCUGAGCGUGUUGAGUUGCCGGACGUAUGGAGCAAGGUUGCCAAGGCACAAUUGGACGGCCUUCGUGUGUCUGACUCUAUCGAGUCGUACAUACGUGCUGGUGACCCCUCGAACUACCUCGAGGUCAUUGAAACCGCAACUCACGCUGGCAAGGACGAGGAUCUCGUGAAGUAUCUUAAGAUGGCCCGUAAGACCUUGCGGGAGCCCCCCAUUGACACUGCUCUGGCGUUCGCCUAUGCUCGCCUUGAUCAGCUCCCGGAGCUUGAGGACUUCUUGCGGUCGACCAAUGUUGCGGAUGUUGAGACAUCUGGUGACAAGGCUUAUGAGGAAGGUUAUCAUGAAGCUGCCAAGAUCUUCUACACUAGUAUCUCGAACUGGGCCAAGCUUGCCACAACCUUGGUACACUUGGAAGACUACCAAGCUGCAGUGGAGUGUGCUCGCAAGGCCAACAGUGUCAAGGUCUGGAAGCAGGUCAACGAAGCGUGUGUGAACAAGAAGGAGUUCCGUCUUGCCCAGAUCUGUGGCCUCAACCUCAUCGUCCAUGCUGAGGAGCUGCAGGAUCUUGUCCGCCAAUACGAACGCAACGGCUACUUUGACGAACUUAUCUCUGUUCUGGAGGCCGGCUUGGGCUUGGAGAGGGCUCACAUGGGUAUGUUCACCGAGCUGGGCAUUGCGCUCUCCAAGUACCACCCUGAUCGGGUCAUGGAGCACCUCAAACUCUUCUGGUCGCGUAUCAACAUCCCCAAGAUGAUCCGUGCUUGCGAGGAUGCCAACCUCUGGCCAGAGCUGGUGUUCUUGUACUGCCACUAUGAUGAGUGGGACAAUGCCGCAUUGGCGAUGAUGGAGCGUGCUGCCGACGCCUGGGAGCAUCACUCAUUCAAGGACAUCAUCGUCAAGGUCGCUAAUCUUGAGAUCUACUACCGCGCGCUCAACUUUUACCUGCAAGAGCAGCCUUUGCUCCUUACCGAUCUGCUCCAGGUUUUGACCACCAGGAUCGACGUCAAUCGUGUCGUGCGCAUUUUCCAGUCCUCGGAUAACAUCCCCUUGAUCAAGCCCUUCCUCCUCAACGUCCAGACCCAAAACAAGAGGGCGGUGAACGAUGCCAUCAAUGAUCUCUUGAUCGAGGAGGAAGAUUACAAGACCCUGCGCGACUCAGUGGAUAACUACGACAACUUCGACGCUGUGGAACUGGCUCAGCGCCUUGAGAAGCACGAGCUGAUCUUCUUCCGUCAGAUCGCUGCGAACAUCUAUCGCAACAACAAGCGUUGGGAGAAGUCGAUUGCGCUUUCGAAGCAGGACAAGCUCUACAAGGAUGCAAUCGAGACCGCAGCGCUGUCGGGAAAGGCCGAGGUGGUGGAAGAGCUCCUUCGCUACUUUGUGGACAUUGGCAGCCGGGAAUGCUACGUUGGCAUGCUGUAUGCCUGCUAUGACCUUAUCCGUCCCGAUGUGAUUAUGGAGGUCUCGUGGCGCCACGGCCUUCACGAUUUCACCAUGCCCUACAUGAUCAACUUCCUGUGCGAGCAGACGCGUACGAUCGAGAUGCUCAAGAAGGACAACGAGGAACGCAAGAAGCGCGAAGUCACACAGAAGACCGAAGAGGACAACACACCGAUUUUGGGUGGCUCGCGACUGAUGUUGACCCAGGGUCCAGCGGCGCCCGUGCCAAGUCCUAUGCCGUAUCAACAGACCAACGGGAUCACGCCGCAGGCUACCGGCUUCCGCCCGUUCUAG